UGUAAUAAUAUGUACUGUUCCUGUGUCUUUCAGAAAUGAUUAUGAGGAACUAGCUCAACAGUGCAAAACCUUUGCUAAAGAUUUGCUUGCACAAGCACGGAAUUCACGGGAGCUGGAAGUUAUUCUGAAUCACACAUCUAGCGAUGAACAUGUAGACAAGCGAGGAUUGUUGGAAGAGAGGAUGAACUUAAGCCGCUUAAAACUUGCAAUCAAGUAUAAUCAAAAAGAGUUUGUUGCUCAGUCUAACUGCCAGCAGUUUCUAAACACUGUAUGGUUUGGACAGAUGGCAGGCUAUCGGCGCAAGCACACAUGCAAGAAAAUUUUGACUGUUUUGACGGUUGGCAUUUUCUGGCCAGUUCUGUCCCUGUGUUACUUGUUAGCCCCUAAAUCUCGAGUAGGUCGAAUAAUUCACACUCCUUUUAUGAAGUUUAUUAUUCAUGGAGCUUCAUAUUUCACAUUUCUGUUAUUACUUAAUUUGUACUCCCUUGUCUACAAUGAGAAUAAGAAGAAUACAAUGGGACCAGCCCUUGAGAGAAUAGACUAUCUUCUGAUAAUAUGGCUAAUUGGAAUGGUGUGGUCAGAUGUUAAAAGACUCUGGUAUGAUGGUUUAGAAGACUUUUUAGAAGAAUCCCGUAAUCAGCUUAGUUUUGUCAUGAAUUCCCUGUAUUUGGCAACUUUUGCCCUCAAAGUCGUUGCCCAUAACAAGUUUCAUGAUUAUGCUGAAAGGAAGGACUGGGAUGCAUUCCAUCCUACCCUAGUGGCAGAAGGUCUUUUUGCUUUUGCUAAUGUUCUUAGUUAUCUGCGUCUCUUCUUCAUGUACACAACCAGCUCUAUUCUGGGACCACUCCAGAUUUCAAUGGGGCAGAUGCUACAAGAUUUUGGAAAAUUUCUGGGCAUGUUUCUUCUUGUCUUGUUCUCAUUCACAAUUGGAUUGACCCAACUUUAUGAUAAAGGAUUUACUGUAAAUGAAGAAAAGGACUGUGCAGGGAUUUUCUGUGAACAACAGAGCAAUGACACAUUCCAUUCGUUUAUUGGCACAUGUUUUGCUCUGUUCUGGUAUAUAUUCUCCCUGGCACAUGUAGCAAUCUUUGUCACACGUUUUAGCUAUGGUGAAGAAUUACAGUCUUUUGUGGGUGCUGUUAUUGUUGGUACCUACAAUGUGGUGGUUGUGAUAGUAUUAACUAAACUCCUUGUGGCAAUGCUUCAUAAAAGUUUUCAGCUGAUAGCAAAUCAUGAAGAUAAGGAAUGGAAGUUUGCUCGUGCCAAGCUUUGGCUUAGCUACUUUGAUGACAAAUGCACGCUACCUCCACCUUUCAAUGUUAUUCCCUCUCCCAAGACUAUCUGUUAUCUUUUCAACAGUCUCAGUAAAUGGAUCUGCUCUCAUACAUCAAGUGGCAAAGUGAAACGUCAGAACAGCCUAAAGGAAUGGAGAAAUCUGAAGCAAAAGAGAGAUGAGAAUUAUCAAAAGGUGAUGUGUUGCUUAGUCCACCGUUACUUGACUUCCAUGAGACAGAAGAUGCAAAGCACGGAUCAGGCAACUGUGGAAAACCUAAAUGAACUGCGGCAAGACUUGUCAAAAUUCCGAAAUGAAAUGAGAGACCUGCUUGGCUUUCGAACUUCUAAAUAUGCUAUGUUUUAUCCAAGAAACUAAGCCCUAACUUUUAAACAAAAAGUGUGUACUUUUAGAUACCUAUAGGUGAAAGUGUUGACCUAAUUCUGUUGCCAGACCAAAUAGAAAAGAAGAUUAUUGCACAAUAAUACAUUUGAAAAUGCAUUUGCGUGAGUUGCAACUAGAUGCGGAAGUGGUGGAAAUAAAUGCGAAAACAGAUAUAGUAAUUUUCUUAAGCUCUUAAUCUUAGUGUGUAUAUAAAAUUUGUAUAUAGGAAUUUUUUUAAUGUUCCUCAGACUGUGGCUGUCAGGUAUCAGAGCUUCAUAACUAGCACAAUGUGUUUUUUUCUUCUAUUUUUGCUGUUUGUUCCUUUUUGAUACUUGUUUUUCAAGUUGUGGGAGAAGAUGGGCUUUUUAAGACAAAAAUCCAGCCUAUGUUUAUUUUUAAUAGAAAAGUCAGAUAUAGAAUAAUAGAAAAUUUCCAGCACAGUUGGGAAUUAUGUUUGACU